AUUUGGGUACGUAACAAGUGCCUACGCGUAAAACAAACAGGUACGCUGUACUACAAAGCAUUUAUGUUUACUUCAGCAGGCAACAGUUUUCUCUUACUACACAGAAUAUUGUCGGCUUUCGAAGUCAGAUUUUUUGUACAGGAACGUUUUCGCACAAGAAUCAAUCGAAGGUUUCGCCAGACGAGUCGUACAAUUUCAACUGCAAUCGAAGAUUUAUAUUGGCUUGAGUCAGUAAUCCUAUCACUUCUACAAACACACGUUUCAAAAUGUUUCGUUCUAGUGCGCUUUCACGCAUUCACAGUUUCGGUUUCUCUUUCUGUUUCAGACUAUUACAACAAAUUUUCUCAAUCACGAAUUUCUGUUCGCACGAAGGGGUCGUACUAGUUGCAUCAAAAUUAAUCAAACGAUCGUAAUAUACAAAAUGCC